GCUUUAUAUCUGGUUUUAAUGCUUUCACCUUCCUCUGUCUUUUCUCUUCUUUUAAUUUUCUUUCCUUCUCUAUCAAAAAUAUCCAAAUCCAAGAAGAAAAAAAUUCCCUCUUCUUUCUCAAGAAAAAUGUCAUCAUCCAGCUUAAAUCAUCAAGCAAACAAUGGGCUCCCAAUAUGCCUUGCAGGGAUCAUGCGUCCUCUUCCUCUCUCCAAAGAGAUGACGGAUCACAUCGGAAGAAGGGAGGCUAUGAAAAAGCUAAGAGUUCAAAUGGGAGGAAAAUGGAAAACAGAUCAAGUUAGAAGCCAUGAAAGUGACUUUGAAACUGAUUCAGAUGUUAUUGUUGCUCUUCUUUGUGAUCUUUGUUUGUCUUGUACAGCAAAGGCUGCUUGAUUCUAACUAUCAAAAGUAUUUAUUUUAGUUUCUGGUUAUGUACUAUUUGGCAACUUUGUGAUAUAUUUGGCUUAGAUUUGUGUAACAGCCUACUAAUGAGCUUUGAUGUCCUGUA